AUGCCCGGAAGACUUGCAGGAAAGAAUGCCAUAGUUACUGGCGCUGCUGGGGGUGUUGGGCUCGAGGCCACAAUCCUCAUGGUCCGAGAAGGGGCGUCAGUUCUCAUGGCUGAUAUCAACCCCUCUGCACUGGAUAAGGCCAUCGCCAAAGUUCAGGCGGUUGUUCCUAACCGAGAAGGCCGACUAGAAACCAAGGUUGUGGAUGUUUCCAAGGAGUCAGACGUUGAGGCCGCUGUGAACCACCUCGACUCUUGGGGAGGGGUCGAUGUCAUGUUUAACAAUGCCGGUAUUAUGCACCACCGGGAUGGCGACGCAGAGGAGUGUUCUGAAGAUACGUGGGAUCUCACAAUGAAUAUCAAUGUCAAGGGAGUGUGGUACGGGUCCAAACACGCAGUCCGGUCGCUCAGGAAGCACGGAAAGAAAAACGGAAGCAUUAUCAACACGGCUAGUGUGGUAGCUCUCGUCGGAUCUGCUACGCCUCAGCUCGCAUAUACCACGAGCAAAGGCGCUGUCCUUGCCAUGACUCGCGAAUUGGCUAUUGUUCACGCACGAGAAGGGUAUCGAUUCAAUUCUCUGUGUCCAGCACCCCUCAACACACCACUUCUCCAAUCAUUCCUGGGAGACGACAAGGAGAAACGCUUCCGUCGCGAGGUUCACUUCCCCACUGGCCGCUUUGGGGAGGCUAUUGAGCAGGCCCAGGCCGUCGUGUUUCUUGCUAGCGACGAGAGCAGUUUUGUCAAUGCGACCGACUUCGUGGUGGAUGGCGGCUUAACGAAGGCGUAUGUGACGCCAGAGGGCCCACCGACUGUCGCCCCGGAGAACUCUAGUCACUAG